AUCAAAAUCCCCCCUCCCCCUCCCCUCUUUUGUCCUAUAUAAUACCCACCAACCCCAAUUCUACCCAUCACAUUCCCUCUCAGACCUUUCGUCAACAAUGAAACGACAAUCCUCAAGAUCUUCUGGGGCCAUGGCCUCAUUGCCCUGCAUGGUCCUUCUCCUUCUCCUCCCCCUUGCCGCCGCCAUGGACAUGUCCAUCGUCGACUACAACGAGAAGCAUGGCAUGCCCGCCUCGUCGGACCCAACCGAGACGGAGGUCAAGGCCCUCUACGAAUCCUGGCUCGUCAAGCACGCCAAAAACUACAACGCCUUGGGGGAGAAGGAGCGGAGGUUCGACAUUUUUAAGGAUAAUCUCAGGUUCAUUGACGAGCACAAUAAGCAGAGCCGGACUUACAAGGUGGGUCUGAACCGGUUCGCCGAUCUGACCAACGAGGAGUACCGGUCUGUUUACUUGGGUGCCAAGGUGGACCGGCGCCGGCGGUCCGGGCUUUCUGGGUCGAGGAAGAGCGACCGGUACGCGUUCCGGGCCGGCGAUAAGUUGCCGGAGUCGGUCGAUUGGAGAGCCGAGGGCGCUGUUCCUGCCGUGAAGGAUCAGGGCCAAUGCGGGAGUUGCUGGGCGUUCUCAACGGUUGGCGCGGUGGAAGGCAUAAACAAGAUUGUGACCGGUGAGCUGAUCUCUUUAUCAGAGCAAGAACUAGUGGAUUGUGACAGAUCAUACAACCAGGGAUGCAAUGGAGGUCUGAUGGACUAUGCCUUCCAAUUCAUCAUCACCAAUGGCGGUAUUGAUACUGACGCAGAUUACCCUUACCAUGCUCGAGAUGGUUCAUGUGAUCCUAACAGAAAAAAUGCUCGGGUUGUGUCCAUUGAUGGGUAUGAAGAUGUUCCAGAAAAUGAUGAGAAGUCGUUGAAGAAGGCUGUGGCACACCAACCAGUUAGUGUUGCCAUUGAAGCUGGUGGCAGGGAAUUCCAACUCUACCAAUCGGGUGUCUUCACUGGACGUUGUGGAACAGAUCUAGACCAUGGUGUGGUUACUGUUGGUUAUGGCACCGAAAAUGGUGUAGACUACUGGAUCGUGAGGAACUCAUGGGGUCCCAACUGGGGCGAGGCUGGUUACAUCAAGUUGGAACGUAAUGUGGCUAGCAUCAAUACCGGCAAAUGUGGUAUUGCCAUUGAGGCCUCAUACCCUACUAAAAAGGGUCAGAACCCCCCAAGACCUCCCCCAUCACCACCAUCUCCUCCUGUGAAGCCCCCUACCGUGUGCGAUGAGUACUACUCAUGCCCCAUGGGAACUACAUGCUGCUGCGCCUAUGAGUAUGGCAACUACUGCUUUGGAUGGGGAUGCUGCCCUCUAGAGUCUGCAACCUGCUGUGAUGACCAUUACAGCUGCUGCCCUCACGAGUACCCCGUAUGCGACCUUGAUGCGGGAACUUGCCGAUUGAGCAAGGACAAUCCAUUGAGCGUGAAAGCGCUAAAGCGAACUCCUGCUAGAAGCAGCCGGCGUUUCCGCUUCCCAAGUGCUUGAGGAUCCAAACGGUCAAAUUGGGUGUUCAAGGAAGAAAGUGAACCGAGUUUGCUCCCAAGAAAAUAUGCAUAUGUCGCCAAGGAAGAAAUGGUUUCCUGUUCAUUGUAAUAGAUUUAUAUAUAUUUUUACUUGGAAUUCAAUUCUUUUUUUCAGUACUUUGGAUGAUUGUUGUAUAUAAAUUAUGGAACCAAGUCAAAACAAAUGGGAAUCUAAGCUCUUAUUUAAUCUCAGAACGAGUCGGUUGCUUGUUU